AUUGAAAAUGCUGUCUUUUUCUCUUUUCCUCAAUUAGGGUUACGUGUGUUUUCACUUUCUUUUUUGGUUAAAGUGAAAAUUAACUAUUCUUGGGCUUUGUUUGCUGCUGGUGCUCACAGCCCCCCCUUAUCCCAGAAUCCAAUGCCAUGUCUCCGUUUUCUUGGAUAUAUACCCUCUCUACAUGGAAAACAGUAGGGGGUAGAUAGAGUGUACCAGGGUCAACUACAUUUGUUUGUCUCAAAGCAAAACCCCGUGUGCUUUGAUACUCUCUCCUUUCUCUUUUGUGGUUUUUGGCCUUGUCUCUGGUGUCAACGCUUUGAAAAAGAGCUACCCUUGCACGGGGACCUUCCUAGUUCCUACCUCUCUUCCUUUGUUUUCCCUUUGCUAGAUUGCUUUCUUGCCCUUCCUCUUUUCUUUGUUUGGACUUUGGGUUGCUUGCCCUUCUUUAAAACCCUCAAAACUCACAUCACCAAGUGCCACUUACAACUUUGCUGUUUCACUCUCUCACUAUCAAGCUCUCCCAUCAGCAAUUUUUUUCUGAAAGAUUUAGCCAAAUGGAGAAGGGGGAUGGCUUGAUUUCGAGGGGAUCUCGGAAGAGAAAGAUGACUGAAGAAAAGAAUGACAUUUCAGCCAUGGAUGAACUAAAUGAAGACCUCCUGGAAAGGGUCCUCUCAUGGCUGCCAACUUCCACAUUCUUUCGCCUUAGUUCAGUGUGCAAGAGAUGGAAAUCUGUUACAUCUUCAGCAAGUUUCAAGCUUGCUUGCUCUGAGAUUCCUACUCGGGAUCCUUGGUUUUUCAUGGUGAACAACCGUCUGAACCAAUCGGUUGUCUUUGACUCUGCUGAAAGAAGUUGGAAGAAACUCAAUCAUCCUGCUCUCCUCAUGGAAGACAUUAACAUUGAUUCAAUUCCUGUUGCAGCAUCCGGAGGCCUAGUCUGUUUCAGGAAUGUCUCUGGCAACUUCAUCGUGUGCAAUCCUGUGACAGGAUCCUGUCGUGAACUCCCUCCACUGGAUCCAGCUCCGCAAGAUCAAGCUCUCCAUGCCAUUUCAAUGAAUGCAAACUCCAACCAGAACGGUUUGUACAAGCUUGUAUUAGUAUAUGGUGAGCUCCCAAAACUCUCAUUCAAAGUCUACACUUCAAGUACUGAUUCCUGGGAAGAAAAUGUGAAUUUGAGGAGAAAGGUUGAUGAUUGUAGUUCAGAAUUCGACUCAAAUGAAGAAGAUGCAGUCUACUUCCUUAGCAAGGGAGGAAAUGUAAUGGCAACCAAUAUGCAGAGAAGUCCAUCCAAGCAGUACUCAUCAGUUAUCACUCAUAAAGACGGCGAGGAAACUGUUUACUUCCUUAGCUCCUCAGGGACAGUUGUGGCUUGCAAUCUGACCCACAAGUGCUUCUCUGAGUAUCCAAGGCUGUUUCCUGGUUAUUCAGAAUACUCCAUUGAUGUGGUAGAGUGUAGAGGGCAGAUGCUGGUUGUUGUGCUAUCAGAAUUCUUAGAAAGUGCUAGUCUUAGAGUAUGGAGGUUUGAUGAGAAAACCAGGUUUUGGCAUCAGAUUGCAGCCAUGCCUCCGGCAAUGUCACAUGAAUUCUAUAGCAAGAAGAUGGAUAUAAACUGUGUAGGGUCCGGUGACCGGAUAUUCAUCUGCUUAAGCUCUGCUGACCUUUGCAACUAUGUUGUGUGUGAUUUAGUGACCAAUAAAUGGGUUGAGCUACCCAAAUGUUGCAAGGAUGGUGAAGCAUUAGAGUUCAUGUCUGCUUUCUCCUUCGAGCCAAGGAUUGAAGCUUCUGUAUGACAGUAAAAUCAAGUUGGAAAGUGCAGAAAUAAAUCCAGGAUGUUGAUUGUCAUUUGUGAUUCUUUUUUAACUUGUCUGAUUUUUUUUUUUGAAAAUUUUCUCUUUUUUUCUUUUUUUUGUUUGAUUUUUUUUGUAUUCAUUGCAUCCACUGUACUGAUUUUCUAUCUCAUUUGAAUUGUUAAUUUUUUAUGGAAAAAGAGUAGAAUUAAACUCUCUUUUUUUUU